CAAAAAUUCCUUUUUUGCAGAUAUUGUACCUUAUAUAACCAUAUUGAUCUCUCUAGAAAAAUUCCAAUCCAGAACACAAAUACAUGGCCUCUAGGGUCUUUCCAUGUGUAAUGUGUUACCAUAUAUAAAGGAGGACAGAUUGAGAUGAGAAAGCCCCUGUCACUGAGAAUCACAAAUUCCUUAAGACUCAAACCUCAUCUUGGUUUUCUGGUUUGUAGUGGAUUCUCAAAGAGCAAACAAUGGGGUUGGGGUGGAUGGUUGUAGUAAUUUUUGCUGCUUUUGUCACUCUGAAAUGGCUUCUCAAGCGUGUGAAUUGGUGGCUGUAUGAAGCCAAAUUGAAUGAAAAGCAAUAUCUUCUUCCUCCUGGUGAUUUGGGUUUGCCAUUCAUUGGCAAUAUGUGGUCCUUCCUCCAAGCUUUCAAGUCCCAGGACCCUGAAUCUUUUCUGCGCAGCUUUAUUAACAAAUAUGGGCGUACUGGAAUCUACAAGGCGUUCAUGUUUGGCAAUCCAAGUAUAAUUGUUACAACUCCUGAGGCAUGCAGAAAAGUUCUAAAUGAUGAUGAUUCAUUCAAGCCUGGUUGGCCUAUUUCCACAGUGGAACUUAUUGGAAAGAAGUCAUUUGUUUGCCUUCCUCAUGAGGAACACAAGCGUCUCCGCCGCUUGACAUCUGCUCCAGUCAAUGGUCAUGAGGCCUUGUCUGUCUACCUGCAGUACAUUGAGGAAAUGAGUAUAUCUGCCUUGCACAAAUGGUCAGAUAUGGAGCAAGUUGAGUUCCUAUCUGAACUUAGGAGGCUUACUUUCAGAAUAAUAAUGUACAUCUUCCUUAGCUCAGAGAGUGAAGCGAUAAUGGAGAAUUUGGAGAAAGAAUACACUACGCUUAAUCAUGGAGUUAGAGCCAUGGCAGUCAAUCUUCCGGGUUUUGCUUACCAUAAUGCUCUCAAGGCCCGGAAAAAGCUAGUGGCUAUGUUCCAAUCUGUAGUGGAUGAUCGAAGAUAUCAGAGGAAAGGCAAUAUUGUUAUACCAAAGAAGAAAGACUUGUUGGAUGCUCUGAUGGAUGUUGAAGAUGAAAAUGGUCUGAAAAUUACUGACGAGCAGAUCAUUGAUAUCCUGUUGAUGUACCUGAAUGCGGGUCAUGAAUCUUCCGGCCAUACCAUCAUGUGGGUUACUCAUUUCCUUCAAGAAAAUCCUGAAAUUUUCCAAAAGGCCAAGGCUGAGCAAGAGGAGAUUGUGAAAAGGAGGCCACCAACACAGAAGGGGUUGACGCUUAAGGAGUAUCACCAGAUGAAUUACCUUUCAAAGGUGAUAGACGAGACGCUUCGUGUUAUAACAUUGUCACUCACUGUUUUCCGCGAGGCUACAAAGGAUGUCUACAUAAAUGGUUAUCUUAUCCCCAAGGGUUGGAGAGCUCUGGUAUGGUUUAGGGGUGUCCACUUGGAUCCUGAAGUUUAUUCAAAUCCAAAGGAGUUUGAUCCUUCGAGAUGGGAGGAUUUUACACCCAAAGCAGGAACUUUCCUUCCCUUCGGAGCGGGGAGCAGGUUGUGCCCCGGAAACGAUCUUGCCAAGCUUGAAGUAUCUGUUUUUCUUCAUCACUUUCUGCUUAACUAUCGGCUUGAAAGAUUGAAUCCCCAGAGCCCCAUAAUGUACCUGCCUCACACAAGGCCGAUAGACAACUACGUCGCAAGGAUCACAAAAUGUUUAUCAUAAUAGAGAGAGACUGAUAUCUAGAGAGAGAGAGCACGUUGUUGUUUUUCAUAAUAAUAAUAAACACAAUAAUAAAUAUUUAUAGACUUUUGGUGCAUUUUAUGCUUACAUAAGGGAAGUGUGCACUUCUUUUCUUAGGGUUUGUUCUGUUACAUUGUUGUUUUGUUGGGUUUGUUUAGUGAAUGCAGUCUUUCAAGUUUAUGCU